GAUGGCAACGCUCAGUACCACCACAACAAUGGACGACUUUGGAGAUAAUUACACUGACUAUGAGGACUACAAUGACUCCACCACCAGCAUGUACCCGGACCUGAACUCUUUCGACUACUGUGAAGCCGGAGACCACGAACUCACGAUCAAAGUCUUCCAGAGCUGCUUCUUCUGCCUCAUCUUCUUCACGGGGAUCAUCGGAAACUGCCUCGUCAUCGCCACAUUUUCUCUGUACCGCCGUUUCCGCCUCCGAUCCAUGACAGAUGUGUUUUUGUUCCACCUGGCCCUCGCUGACCUCCUCUUGCUCCUCACUCUCCCACUGCAAGCCACUGAUACUCACCUGGGUUGGAUCUUCUCGAGUCCCCUUUGCAAACUUACCAGAGCCUGCUACGCUAUCAACACGUAUAGCGGUCUAAUGCUGCUAGCUUGCAUUAGCGUUGAUCGGUACAUGGUGGUAGCAAAGGCCCAGGAGAUGCUAAGGUUGCGACGUCAGAUCUUAACCGGUGGAAAGGUGGCUGCAGUUUGCGUUUGGCUUGUUGCAGUUCUUCUUAGCCUUCCUGAAAUUCUGUACUCUGGAGUCUCAACGUUAGGGGACGAACAUUACUGUGGUAUGAAAAUUAGCGGGACGGUAAAGAAGGCGACGAAUGGUGCGAUAAUUGCGAUUUUCGGUGUGUCCUUUUUGGUGAUGGUGACUUGUUACUCGUCAAUAGCUAAAGUUUUGUCUGAAGGUCAUAAGUUUAAUCAAAGUAAACAAUGGCCUCGUCAGCGCACCCUGAAAUUAAUGGUCAGUCUCGUGGUGGUUUUUGUCCUCUUUCAGCUGCCGUACACUGUGGUACUUUUGCACAAAAUGGCUGCCUCCUUCUGCGGGUUGCUGCUUGAAUACAUCACCUGUACUCUAGCUUACAUGCGCUGUUGUCUAAACCCGAUCCUCUACGCUCUGGUCGGGGUGCGCUUCAGAAAUGAUGUUGUGAAACUGAUCCGGGACAGUGGGUGCCCAUGUGGAGCCCAAGCCACUCUUCACACAGUUAGCUCCACCUCCAUGUCUCCUCCUCUGGCCAUCAGCUCACCUUGUUCACCCACUUCUCCAGAAAGAAGUACAAAUAGCACCACUGACUCCACUAAAUUCAAGUUCCCAAACAGCAGUGUAAGUAAGUGGUAACAUAAUUCACUUCUCAGUAAAAACAGUACUAGAGCCAGCUACCAGAGAGCUGUUAAAUGGUGACACAUUAUUAAUAUUUUGUUUUAAAUUGUUAAUUGCUAAGACUAUGGUGUAAACUUUUCAUUACUCUCAAACCCAUAAAUAAAAUCAUAUAGAAACAGUAGGCUAUUGAGUAAAAGUAAUGUGGAGAACAAAAUGUUUUUAACUGUAAAUUAUAAAAUGUAUUUUAUUUGAAUGUAAAUAAUAGUUUUUAUUCUAGUAUGUUUGUGAUGUGAUGUUAUUUGUUUGUUGGAAAAGCUGUUGCAGUGAGUUGUAUCGACCUACAUAGGCCACAGUCACAACCGCAGUCAUAAACAGUAAGACAGCACGAGUUUGUUGUUCAUAUUUUCAUCAAGAGACACAAGCAGACAUGCUGACAUUUUACCAUUUUCAGUGUUUAAUGUGGGUUCUUUUUACUCCAGACCACAACUCAACAGCCAUAAAAACAACACAUUUAUACAAGGAAGUGAGGCCUGUUCUGUCUUAUCGGGAAAUUACACCUACA